GUGACUUCAGUGCAAACCCUCCUUCCUCAAGUUUGGCGACCCAGAGUGAAGCGCCAGGCUGCCGCCUCUUCAGCCUUUGCCCGACCGACUGAAAAACCUUCUUCGGCCUCUAAUUACGAAAGGAGAACAUGGGGAAUGCAUAUGAGCUACCGUACUAUGCGCCCGACUGGCGGCUCCCAACUCCACUUCCGUCGCCGCAUAUUAUCGAGGAAAACGGAGAGAUCCUGCAAGAGCAAACCGGUCGACGCGUCGUUCGUUUCGGCAACUGCUACAUCAUAAAAUACGGCUCAAAUGUUAGUCUAACUGAGGGUAAGAAUAUGCUCUUCGUACGCGAGACGCAAUCAGUUCAGGUACCAGAGGUCUUCGCUCUGUACUCCACCGAAGAUACAGAGGGGCAAAACACCAACUAUAUUGUCAUGGAAAAUAUUCCAGGUCACCAUCUUGAUACCAUCUGGGCCCAAUUGGACUCCUCGGAGAAGAGCAACAUAGCAAGCCAACUACGGGUUUAUUUCAACGCUCUUCGAAACCUCCCAACGCCCGGAUAUUUCGGGUGCAUUGGCAGACGACCAUUUGAGGAGUCCAUGUUUUGGACCGCACCUGAAGACGAUGUCGAAGACGGACUGAUUAGCGGGCCUUUUGAUUCAGAGGCGGAAUUCAACAACGCCUUGGUCCAAAAGUACCUUUACAACAGCGGAUUGGAUCCGAAGGCCGCGUAUUAUCGUCGUGUGCUCCCGCUCGUUCUGCGCGAUCAUAAUCCGGUGUUUACCCAUGGUGACCUACAAAGAAAGAACAUCAUCAUAAAGGAGAGUGGAAUGGCUGUUCUAAUUGAUUGGGAGACAGCGGGUUGGUAUCCAGAGUAUUGGGAAUAUGCGCUGGCCAUGUUUGCUUGUGGGGCUUGGCAGGAUGACUGGCAUGAAAUUGUUGGCUAUAGCCUCGCGGAGUACCCAAAUGAAUAUGCAUGGUUUGAUAUGCUAAGGAGAGAAUUGUGGUCUUAGACGGUCCCAUCUACUAUCGUAACGCUCGAAGCUCACAUUGCGGCGAGCUUGAGGAAAUG